UGGAUAUGGAGGAAAAUAAUUUAAAUGAAAGAUCCCUGGAUACGAAGGAGGAAAUUCUGUUGAUGGACAAAGAUAAUGAAACCAGUAAAGUUGAGGUAGAAUAUGAUCUGACCACGCCCGAAACAUUACUAUACAAAGUCACGGAUACACCGCCUGUCUACAUGUCCAUCUUCUUUGCACUCCAGCAAGCACUCCUGUCCUUGUCUGGAUCGUUGGCGAUCUCAACCUUUGUAGCCGAUGUCGCGUGUGCCUCCGACUUCCCAGACAUCAAAACAGACCUCCUCAGCUCCACAAUGUUCAUGAAUGGCGUCACGACACUCCUACAGGUUACACUUGGUAUAAGAUUACCACUGUUCCAGGGGGCUACACCUGUGUACGUUAUUCCUCUGUUAGCCCUACAGCGUCUUAAUUCCAACUUCUGUACUGUGCCGGGGAGUAGUAUCAGUGUUACAAAUGAAACUAUGUACAACUUUGAAGCAUUAAAUAUGACAUCGCAUUUUGACAUGGAGAGCAAACGAAGAUUCGCGUUCUACAGGUUGCGAGAGUUUCAGGGGUCCCUGAUCCUCGUCGGUCUUGUCCACUGUUUUGUUGGUCUCACAGGAACCGUGGGGUUCCUCAUGAGGUUUAUUGGACCUGUCACCAUUGUACCUACCAUCCUUGUGGGCGGAAUAUUCAUAUCAAGAUCGUCUAGUAAAUUCGCCAAGGCACACUGGGGGAUAUCGGCUGUGACAGCAAUUACGUCGAUUAUCCUUUCCCUGUAUUUGAGUAAGCUGAACAUGCCAUGUCCAGCUUGGUCGAAGAAGAAGGGUUUCCACAUCUACUGGUAUCCCUUACACCGAGUGUUUGCGAUCCUUAUCGGUAUGCUGGUUGGUUGGACGAUGGCAGCAAUUAUGACGCAUGCUGGAGCACUGACUGAUAAUCCGAAGGACCCCCAAUAUCUAGCCAGGACGGACGCCAGGGCGGGAAUAAUAAAAAAUGCCACGUGGUUCCGCGUGCCUUAUCCAAAUCAAUUUGGAACUCCUUACGUCAAUGUUGGUUUCUUCGUUGCCUUCCUGAUCGGCACUAUAGUAUCAAUCUUAGAUUCCAUCGGCGACUACAACGCAUGCGCACGAACAUGUAACGUACCCCCACCGGCUGCACAUGGUAUAAAUCGGGGGAUCGCUGUGGAAGGGAUUUGCAGUGCUAUCUCGGGCGCCAUUGGAUGUGGACACGCUACAAGUACAAUCGGGGCAAACAUCGGGGCUGUCGGAGUGACCAGGGUAGCCAGCCGAAACGUGUUUGUGUGGGUGGGUGUGAUCUACAUGAUAUUUGGCGUGGUUGGCAAGGUCUCUGCCGUCUUCAUCACAAUGCCCUACCCAGUCCUAGGGGGCGCCAUGAUCAUCAUGUACGGCAUGUUUAACGGUAUCAUACUCUCUAACCUUCACGCUGUCUCGUUAUCGUCCACACGAAACGUGGCCAUCAUCGGCAUAGCCAUUCUAGUCGGUCUCAUGAUCCCCUACUGGCUGGAGAAGAACCCCGGAGACAUAGACACAGGUGAUGCCUAUCGUGAUAGCAUAAUAAAGAACCUCAUGGCCAACCCUAACUUGUGUUGCGGAAUCUUGGCCUGUUUUCUGGAUAACACGGUGCCAGGCACUAUAGAAGAAAGAGGAAUAGCUGGGUGGCUGAAGCCGGAUAGAGCUAAAACAUUCCAGUACAGUGAGGGAGUGGAGGUUUAUCAACCUCUCCUUCCAAGAAAGUGGCUGUCGCAUAAAAUAAUGAGAUACAUACCUUUCUGUCCAUUUCAACCUCGCACAUCAGACAAUAGUUAUCCAAUAGUAGAUACACAGUCUGUACAUGAAAAGGAGUAACCGAACUGUCACUAUAUUCAAUUAUCAUUGAUAGCUACAAAUACGGCUCACGUGAAAUUAAGAAAAAUAAAUCAUAGAAAACUUAGUAUACAUUUAAUUUCAAGUUGAAUUGCCUCCCUAAAUCUACCUUCAAAUAAUAACUCUCAUAUACACUUUUUCUGAUUAUUGUUAAUGUAUAUACUUCAAAGAAAUUUCUAAUUAUUACAUAGUUUAUAAAUCAUUGCAUAUAUACAUGUAAAACAUUACAACCAACUAGUAGGUAAAAUGUGUAUCCAACUGCUUUGAUUACAACAAACUUUUAUUUCACGACUCCGGUGAGCUUUGUAUCCAACUUUUUGUUGUGUAUGCAAUUUGUGCCGUUGAGGGCACAGGGGCUUGGCACGAUUUUCCAAAUUAUAGUCUAUAUAUAUAUGUAUAUAGUA